AUGAAGGGUCGAUCUUCCAAGCCAGGGGUUGACAGAAGGUUCAAACAGGAGCCUCAUCUCUCUGGUGCUUAUAUCCGUAGCCUGGUUAGGCAACUCGUCUCUGCAAGAUGUACCAAAGACCCUGAAUCCGUUGAUGGCUUCGGUGGCCGGAAUUUGACCGAAUUUGGAGAUGGUUUUAGUGAACCAGCACAGAGCCACGGCCAGCAACCCGAACCACCACCACCUCAACAACACAGGAAACAGGUUAGGAAUAGGAGGAGAGUGCACACCAGCAGGCCUUACCAGGAAAGGCUGAUUAACAUGGCUGAAGCCAGGAGAGAAAUUGUCACUGCGCUCAAGUUCCAUAGAGCUGCCAUGAAACAAGCCAAUGAGCAACAACAACAACAGCAGCAAUUAUCACACCACUCUGAAUCAAACACAAACAACUUGUCUACAUACACUUGGCCAGCUUUGAACUGCAGUUUACCAAGCCAAAACCUUGACUUUCACCACAACAGAAAAAACCCUUCAAUCCACUCAUCUCCCUCAUCUUCAUCUUCAUCGACUCUAUCUGUUGCGGCUCCACAUGAAGUGGGGCAUGGAACCGGGGCUGAUUCGACUGAAUUCUACGGUGGGGGAUGCUUGCAUCAAGCUGUGGACGACGAGGGAAUGGCGGAGAUGAAAUCAUUAGGAGAGCAGCAUCAAAUGGAGUGGAAUGACACCAUGAAUUUAGUAACAUCGGCACGUUGGUUCAAGUUCUUGAAUGAAUUUGAUCAAGCCAUGGAAUUCCCUGCCUGGUUGAAUGCAAAUGACAGCGUCAUGGGGCAGCAUCUCGAUGAUCUUGUCCCAGAUACCUACAUCCAGGGUUCUGCCUUACCUUGCAUGGACAUUGGAGAAAUUGAUGGGGAUUGGCAUUGGCUGGCUUAA